ACAGUGUCAGAACUUGCGGCCAUUUUGGAUGAAGUGAACAUAGUCCAUGUGCAUGGAACACCAGCCAGUGGGAAAACAUAUCUCUCUGAACUUCUGAGGGACCACUAUUGCAAAGAGGGAAGAAAAGCAUUCUUGAUCACAGAAUGGGAAAAACUGAAUCCCAAGAAUCCUUGGGGCAGUCUUAUCAAGCUUGAUCCCUUUUGGGUUUUGACAUCAAACACUGUGAUUCUCGUAGAUGAGGCACAGAUGACCUACAAUGAUGCUGUUCUCUGGAACACAAUCCUCAAAAAAAAGAGUCGUCUUUUCUUAGUUAUAAUUUUCGACUAUGUCUUUUUUGCUCUUAUAGCAGUCCAGAAGCAGGCCCAGAUCAAACAUUCUUCACUCCAGUCAGGCUUUCUAACCAACAAUGCAUCUCAUUGA